GCGGCAGCGCCCGCCGCCGGGACCCGCGCCCUCGGCGCCGAACCGCGCGGUACAGGGCAAUGUUAGACGUGACCCUCUCGCCCAGCCUCACUGCCCGCCGCGACCGCAGGGAAGCGCUGACGCCGGGCCGGCGCGGCGCUGUGCCGGGCUCCCUGAGUGACCGCGCAGAACGUGCCCCCCGGUCCUCCCCAGCCAGCCCCAACCAGCCAUGGCGGCCUAUGGGCAGACGCAGUACAGCGCCAGCAUCCAGCAGGCUCCGCCCUACGCAGCCUACCCACCUCCAGUACAAGCCUACGGGAUCCCUUCUUACAGCAUCAAGACUGAAGACAGCCUGAACCAUUCCCCCAGCCAGGGCGGCUUCCUCAGCUACGGCUCCAGCUUCAGCACCACGCCUGCCGGACAGGGCCCGUACGCCUACCAGAUGCACGGCGCAGCCGGGCUCUACCAAGGCACCAACGGGCUCAGCAACGCGACUGGAUUCGGGAGCAUGCACCAGGAUUACCCCGCCUACCCCAGCUUCGCUCAGAGCCAGCACCCCCAGUAUUACAGCGCGUCCUACAGCACACCCUAUGUCCCGGCCAGCACCAUCUGCCCGUCACCCCUCUCCACGUCCACCUAUGUCCUCCAGGACGCUCCCCACAGUGUCCCCGGCCAGGGAUCCGAGCCGCUGGCAGGUGAAUUCAGCACCCACAACGGACCUUCCACACCCCCGAAGGAGGGGGACCCCGACAGGCCUCCUCGGGCCUCUGAUGGGAAGCUCCGGGGCCGAUCCAAGAGGAGCAGUGACCCCUCCCCAGCGGGGGACAGUGAGAUCGAGCGUGUAUUUGUGUGGGACUUGGACGAGACAAUCAUUAUUUUUCACUCUUUACUCACCGGGACGUUUGCAUCCAGAUAUGGGAAGGACACCACCACCUCCGUGCGCAUCGGCCUCAUGAUGGAAGAGAUGAUCUUCAACCUGGCCGACACGCACCUGUUCUUCAAUGACCUGGAGGAUUGUGACCAGAUCCACGUGGACGAUGUCUCAUCUGAUGACAAUGGCCAGGACUUAAGCACCUACAACUUCUCCACGGACGGCUUCCACAGCUCGGCGCCGGGGCCCGGGCUGUGCCUGGGCGCGGGCGUGCAUGGCGGCGUGGACUGGAUGAGAAAGCUGGCCUUCCGCUACCGGCGCGUGAAGGAGAUGUACAACACCUACCGCAACAACGUGGGCGGCUUGAUCGGCGCUCCCAAGAGGGAGGCGUGGCUGCAGCUGCGGGCGGAGCUGGAGGCGCUGACGGACCUGUGGCUGACCCACUCUCUGAAGGCGCUGACGCUCAUCAACUCCAGGCCCAACUGUGUCAACGUCCUGGUCACCACCACGCAGCUGAUUCCCGCGCUGGCCAAGGUCCUGCUGUACGGCCUGGGCUCCGUGUUUCCCAUUGAGAAUAUCUACAGCGCUACCAAGACAGGAAAGGAGAGCUGCUUCGAGAGGAUCAUACAGAGGUUCGGCCGCAAAGCCGUCUAUGUCGUCAUUGGCGACGGGGUGGAAGAGGAGCAAGGGGCAAAGAAGCACAACAUGCCUUUCUGGCGGGUGUCCUGCCACGCUGACCUGGAGGCCCUGCGCCACGCGUUGGAACUGGAGUAUUUAUAGCUGUGUCACGGGCUCCACCUGCUCUAAGAUCCUCAUCCCUCCUGCCUCCCCGCGACAGCCCAACACCUGGACACAGGACACCAGGCAGCCUCCGCCCUUGGGGACGCCUCCACCGCCACCUCAGAAGUGCCCGUCCUGUUCAAGCCGGCGUCCGGCGUCCGGCGGAGCGGAGUGCCAGUGGAAGGCAGCCUGGGUGACCGGGGCUGGCGGGAAGCCACGUCCUGCCCCAAGACUCGGCCAAGGAGCGGAGGCUGCAGUCAUGGGGACAGAGGAGGCGGCGGAGGCGGGGGCGGGGGCGGGCUCGUUUCUCUUCUUAAUUUAUGGACGAAUCUCGUGACUGUGUUGUGCCCUCGUACCUGUCUUGGUUUUCUUAGUGGUUGGUUUGGGUUUUGAACUGGCACACAGGGGGUCACAGUUCUCCACGAGGUGCUAGGGGUGGGGGGGGUCAUCAUUCCUUGGACAUCCGUAAGGAAGACAGUCGGGGGGCUGCCGGGGACACCCCGGCUUAUUCGUGUUUUCAAGACCCCUCCUGCCAUCACACCACGCGGACAGUGUUGUGCCUUAUGCUGACAUCUUGCUUUCUUGGAAGAGGGGAACACGGAAAGGAAGUGGAACUUUGUGACGGACAAAAGGCGUAAAAUAAAACCACGUUUACAUUUUGAAGCUCACGGCAGCUCCUUGGCUCCCACUCUUGGGGUGGUUUUGUUCAGUUGCAAAAUAAAACCCAGUGUAAACUGGUGUUCAGUCAAAUGAGA